AUGAUGAUGAUACUGAUUGAUGUCGUGAUGUUUGUGAGGGAGGAGGGAGAGGUAAUGAUGGACGAAGAGGAAGAGGAAGAAGAGGAAGAAGAAGAGGAAGAGGAAGAAGAGGAAGAAGAGGAAGAGGAAGAAGAGGAAGAGGAAGAGGAAGAGGGAAGGAGACAAGAUGUUGGGGAUGAUGGGGAAGAAGAAGACGAGGAAGAAGGAGUUGGUGGUGGUGGUGGUGGUGGUGGUGGUGGAGGGGGAGGAAGAGAUGUUGUUGUUGUUGUUGUUGAGGAGGAGGAAGAGGAGGAGGAAGAAGAAGAGGAGGAAGGAGGAGGAGGACAACCUGCUGCUGCUGCUGCUGCUGCUGCUGCUGCUGUUGCUGUUGCAGUAGUAGGGUUAUUAGUGUUAUUAGAGGAAGAAGAAGAAGAAAGAAGUAAUGAGCUAACACAUAAACAAUCAUUACUAUUCAUAGAUAUAAGUGAUGAUGAAUCUCCUCCUCCUCCUCCUCCUCCUGCUGAUGCUGCAUCUCCUGCUGCUGUUGCUGCUGAUGAGGAGGAAUGA